UAUUACAGCUGCUGUAAUUUCCUGCCCCCCAUCAGCAAAAGCAAAUCACCCUACUUUGUGGAGGGGAAGAGGAACCCAGAGGCCGGCCAUCAGGGCUUCCAUCCCGCAGUGCUGACCCCUGCUUGGGCCUGGGUUUCCGUGGGUGGCCGUGAGCCCCGGGCCUGGCCCGGGUCCUGUGCAUCUGAGGUUGGCAGGCUUCCUUUACUGUGGUGUCGUGGAUUUCUCCAAGCCUCGGGUCAGGCAGGGCUGGGUUUGGGUUGGGUCCUGGGCCUUCAGAGAAGGUGGUCAGUCACACAGGCCUUGGUGUGGUUGGUACUUGAUGUUCUUUGGAGCUAAGAGUGGCUGAGAUUUGUACUUCCCUUGAGGAAUUCUGGGAUUCGUAGUCCUAAGUUAACCUCGUGGCUUUUGAAGCUGAGGAGCAGCUGACUGCUCUGAUCCCUCUGGCCCUGCCAAGGCUUGGAGUUCAGGAAGUCAUCACCUCCUCUAGUCAGGGCAUUUCUGGGGACCACCAGCUGGCUGAGGCUCAGGGACAGAGACGGCUGCUCCAGCUAAAGUGUCCUCGGACCCUGCGUGGGCUGUGGAGUGGAUUGAACUUCCUCGGGGUCUCUCUCUAUCCUCCUUGGGAUCUGCUCGGACCCUCCGAGGCUGGAGCCGGUCCUCCCGCCCUUCCUCGGUGGACAGCCAGGACUUGCCAGAGGUGAAUGUUGGAGACACAGUCGCGAUGCUGCCCAAGUCCCGGAGAGCCCUAACUAUCCAGGAGAUUGCUGCGCUGGCCAGGUCCUCCCUGCAUGGUAUUUCCCAGGUGGUGAAGGACCACGUGACCAAGCCUACCGCCAUGGCCCAGGGCCGAGUGGCUCACCUGAUUGAGUGGAAGGGCUGGAGCAAGCCGAGUGACUCGCCUGCUGCCCUGGAGUCAGCCUUUUCCUCCUAUUCGGACCUCAGCGAGGGCGAACAAGAGGCUCGCUUUGCAGCAGGAGUGGCUGAGCAGUUUGCCAUCGCAGAAGCCAAGCUCCGGGCAUGGUCUUCGGUGGAUGGUGAGGACUCCACUGAUGACUCCUAUGAUGAGGACUUUGCUGGGGGAACUGACUCAGACCUCGCUGGGCAGCUGCCCCUGGGGCCGCACCUCCAGGACCUGUUCACCGGCCACCGGUUCUCCCGGCCUGUGCGCCAGGGCUCCGUGGAGCCUGAGAGCGACUGCUCACAGACCGUGUCCCCAGACACCCUGUGCUCUAGCCUGUGCAGCCUGGAGGAUGGGCUGUUGGGCUCCCCGGCCCGCCUGGCCUCCCAGCUGCUGGGCGAUGAGCUGCUUCUCGCCAAACUGCCCCCCAGCCGGGAAAGUGCCUUCCGCAGCCUGGGCCCCUUGGAGGCCCAGGACUCCCUCUACAACUCACCCCUCACGGAGUCCUGCCUUUCCCCCGCGGAGGAGGAACCAGCCCCCUGCAAGGACUGUCAGCCGCUCUGCCCACCUCUAGUAGGCAGUUGGGAGCGGCAGCGGCAAGCCUCUGACGUGGCCUCUUCUGGGGUGGUGUCCUUAGAUGAGGACGAGGCAGAGCCGGAGGAACAGUGACCCGCCUCAUGCCUGGUGGCAUGCAUCCCCUGGCUGCUGCUAGGGGCAGAGCCUCUGUGCCCAAGUGUGGGCUCAAGGCUCCCAGCAGAGCUCCGCAGCCUCGAGGGCUCCUGGGAGCGCUCGCUUCUCCGUUGUGUGUUUUGCAUGAAAGUGUGUGGAGAGGAGGCAGGGGCUGGGCUGGGCUGGGGGCGCAUGUCCUGACCCCACUCCUGGGGCUUGCCGGGGGUGGCCCGGGGCCUCGGGGGCAUGGCUACAGCUGUGGCAGGCAGUGAUGUUCAUGUUCUUAAAUCCAAAUGCCACACGCACAUUUCCUCCUCGGAUGAUGUGAACCGCUAAGGGGGUGGUUGUGACUGGGCUGUGUGGGGGUGUGGAGGGAGGGGGCCCAGCCACCCCCCACCCUCCCCACACCUCUUUCUUCUCUGCUUUUCUCCUCACCUCCGAGUCCAUGUGCAGUGCUUAAUAGACACACCCCCACCUGGGGGGCCGGCUCCUGCCUUGCCAGAGCCUGUGGGUUGAGCCAUCCCCCAAGGCCCCCUGCCCAGCUGGGCUCGUGCUGUGCUUCACCUCUCCAUCGUCUCUAAAUCUUCCUCUUUUUUUCCUAAAGACAGAAGGUUUUUGGUCUGUUCUUUCAGUCGGAUCUUCUCUCCUCUGGGAGGCUUUGGAAUGAUGAAAGCAUGUACCCCCCACCCUUUUUCUGGCCCCCUAAUGGGGCCUGCGCCCUUUCCCAACCCCUUCUCGGAUGUGCGGGCAGUGUUCUGGAGCCUCCCAGCCAGCCGGGCUGCCCAUGUUCACUCAGAGGUCUCCGAGCGAGCGGGCAAGAGGUGGAAGAAAGACUGGCUCUGGUUGCCACAGAGCUGGGACUUCCAUGUUCUUCUAGAGAGGGCCACAAGAGGGCCACAGGGGUGGCUGGGAGUUGUCAGCUGAUGCCUGCUGAGGUGCAGGAUUUGUGCCAGUGAGUGACAGCCAUGGGGGCGUAUUUCUCCUUGGGGAGGGAAGAAGGUAGAGCCUUUCUUGUCUGAAUGAAAGGCCAGGGCCCCGCCCCAGCCAGGGUGUUGAUGAGCACACGGUGGAGACUCUGGCAGAUCCUGCAUUCCAAGGUCACUGGACUCCAACUUUUCAUGGUUGUGGGGUGGUGCCUUGUAGGCUUUGUCAGGUAAGAGGGCCCAAGGUAAGAACAAGAGCCAACGGGCACAAGCAUUCUAUAUAUAAGUGGCUCAUUAGGUGUUUAUUUUGUUCUAUUUAAUAAUUUGUUUUAUUAAAUUAAUAUAAAAAUCUUUGUAAAUCUCUA